GAUACCGUCACCGUGUCAACACAGCAGCCUGUGGAGUCCAGCAGCUGGUGAAGGAGAGACCACGAGAAACAUCACAGAGGCUUCCCUGACGCGUCCACACUGAAGGACCACGCGGUGAACUGGUCUCCCUCCGAACUGGAGCAGUAACUCAGCUGAAGGAAACGUCCAAGACCUGUUUGACACCAUGUUGAAAAAACUUCAGAGGGACAAGGACAAGCCGUUUAAGCAUAUAGCCCCUGGUUUGAUCCCUGCUGCCUCUAUUGCUCCUAAACCUGCUGUGCCUCGUACCCCACCCCCCCGCAGUCCAGAUCCCUCACCUGAGAGACCCAGAUCAGCUUUAGCUGCAGCCAUCUUGUCUUCUUCGCUCACUGGACAGACCUGGGCCAUCCCUCUUGCCGGACCAAGGACUUUCUCUGAGAGUGACCAUGACCAUUCAGAGUCUUUCAUUUCUGAACCACACAUCAGCACAGCAAUUUACACCAGGGACAGAUGGUCAGAGACAGAUUUGCCUGUUAGGCGACACCUGUCUUCCUCUGACCACUCAGACAGGGAGCUGGAAGACAAGGAAGAGGAAGAGCAAGAGGAUGAGGAUGAUGGGGAGGGGGAGGAGGAGGAGGAGGAUGAAGAGGACAGAGAGGACCAUAUCUACCAAACACUUGAUAGAGGGGACACUUGUUCACUCACAGAACCUGUUUAUGCUGUGCCACUAAAACCAAAGACCAGAACGUCUCAGCCGGCUCAGAUGUCUGGCAGACGAUUGCCUGCUCCAGUUUUCACUGAGCAAACCAGUGUCCAGUCUCCUGAGGCCAGCUGUGAUUCCUCUAAGAAGAAAAUCAGGAGGAGAUCGAGCAGACAGAAAGAAGAUGAACAGACUGUGCCACCCAUCCUAACCACUGACCUCCCCAGCAGAGCCAAAAGCCCAAAACACCCCACCCAGCCAUCUCCAGAGCCCAGCAAGGCACACAGUGGGGUUCAGAGCGAUGCAGCACGAGCCCUGCCAAAGGGAGCGAGAGUGGCAGAUGAACAAAAGCUAAUGGAGAAGAGACUGCUACGCCUGGAACAGCAGAUCUGUCACAGCCGAGCCUCCUUAACCCUGAGGUCAUCUGCAGGCAGUCAGGCAGAGCUGCAGAAUUUGAGGCAACAUGCUCAGGAGCUGGUGGAUGAAAAUGAUGCUCUCAAAUUGACAGUUCACCGUCUGAAUGUGGAGCUGAGCCGCUACCAAACCCGCUUCAGACCACUGUCCAAACAGGAGAGCUCCGAAAUCAGUGGCUUACCAAAGACAGGCUCUCCUCCUCCCUGGCUGCUCGACAUUAAGUAUUUGUCUCCUCUACUGCUGGCAUACGAAGACAGGAUGAACGAGAAAGAUGCACUUCUGCAAACCACAGAGGAAGAGGUAAAGAGGUUGCGUGUUCAUGUUGAGGAGGUGAUCAAAGAAAAUGAGAAACUCCAUGAUGAAAUUGCAAAGAUCGGAGAGGUCAGCCAGAAGGACUGUCAUCAGCUACAGCAAAAGGCCUUUUUGGUGCUACAAGAGAACCAGGUUUUGAUUGAUCAGCUCGAGGCGCAGCACGUUAAGGCCAAGGCCAACCAGAGCAGACACCACUCUGAAGUGUCUAAGGUGUCUAAGCAGCUGAUGAUGUUGGAGGCAGAAAAUCAGCGUUCUCAGGAGGAACUGGAAGAGAGCCGGAGGGAGGCGCAGAAAAAUACAAGGCAGGUCCAAGUCCUGCAGGCCCGCCUGAAGGAUGCUGUCACCUGGGACGAACAUUGCAGCAUUGCUGGGAAACUGAGAGGGCAGCUGGAGCAGCAGGAGAACAGCAGCAAGAGCACGAUGGACGAGCUGCUUCUGCGCGUGUCCAGUCUGCAGGAAGAGAGCAGGAGACUGGCUCUGGACAAAGCCAACUUGGGCGCUGAUAUAAAGAGGAUGGAGGCUGAGCUGGAGCUCUGCAGACAAGACAACAGGAAGGCUGGGCGGAGGAUGUGUGUAUUGAAACUUCAAAAGGAAGAGUGUGUUUUAAAGGCGGAACAGACUCUGCAUUAUCUCGGAGCUGUCAUGACUCUGGCGGACCACAUUUCCCAGGAGAGGGACCAACUACAACACAUGGCUUCAGAUCUUCAACAGGAAAAGCAGCACUUCAUCAGCAGAAUUCUGAAUGGCACAGUUCGAUUUGGAAAACUGCGGGAAGAAGUCAAAGUGUACCGGAGGCAGGCGUCAAGCAGACUGGCAGCGUUGGAGGAGGUAGCAGAGGGGAGGACGGCGUCUCACCGGAGGGAGAUUCUUCACCUGCAAAGGCUGCUGAGCGAAAGACAGGAGGCUGAGGAGAGACUGCUGCAGUCCAAACGAGAAGUCGAGGAGGAGCUGGAGGUGGUGUGGGAGGCAGCAAUCAGGGAAAACCAGCAGAUGAAGGAGACUCUCUUGGACUCGAGACUCACCGAGGACAUCCACGGUUUGCUUGUUUCCACCAGAGCCUCUCCUGUCUGGCCUCCUCCAGCUGCAGCUGAGAACACCUCUCCCUACCGCUGUCAACCUCACAGUUUUGGGCCCCACCUCUUGUCGUCUGACCGAAGCCCCGCGUUCCAGAGAAGGUCUGUAUUCAGAUCUGACUCGGACCACCCAAACGACUCCAUAGAUGAAAAGCACAAGCAUGGGCUGGAUUUCUAUUGCUAAAACUGUUUGGAGGUGUCUCUGUUUGUUCACAUGAAUUUUGACUGUAGACCAGCUUCAGUCAACAUGUUAACUCACAAUAGAACAUUCACCAUGUCAGCUUGAAUUUGCUUCAAAGUGAAAACCAAUGUCAAGUUGCACAAUGUCUGGAAAAUUCACAACUAGGCUUUUGAUCUCUCUGCUGGAAACCAUUCACUCAACACGUCAUGUGAAACUGUGAACAGAGGAAAAAUAAAACCUAUUAAACAUUGAAAGAAUUAAAUGGAAAAUAAAAAUUAUUCAAUAUUACAGCUAAGGGUUGAUAGUUUGGCCAAAAUAUACCUGACAUUGGUGGAUUGGCAGUGUGAUGUUCAAAGAUUUGUACAUGUUUUAAGUUUUUUAUUCAUCGUAUCAUUUUUUCUUUUUGAAUUGGUCUCAGGAUAUAUAGUUUCUGCCAAGAAUAUGAAAUGAGCGCCAAGUAAGAGCAAUUAUCUACACCAGGCUGAAGCCAAAUGAACACAGCCAAUGUUUCCAUCUGCUGGACACAUACGGUACUAUCCUGAUCUAUAUCAUUAUGAAUAUUUGGAUCCCUGGAAAUAAAACUGAUAGUUUUGAUCGUAUUUUCAAAGGAGUAUCACAUUAAUGUGUUAAGGUUAAUAAAGCGUUUAAAUGUACAUACAUAUCUACAUGCCUUUCCUAAAUGUCACAUUUUUGUUAUUAUUAAUAUUACUAUCACUAUUGACAAUCAUAUCUUGAGGCAUAGUUGUGCUUUGCUGUCUAAAUAUAAAAAAGGUUUCCUCAUUAUUUGUUUUUGUUACUGACUCAUACUAUUGAUUUAGAUAUUUUGUGUUACAAUGACUUUUACAUUGCAACAUGAGGUAAAACUGAAACCAGUGAGUUUUUAUUGUGCAGAGGCAAAGAAAGUGUCUAUAAGUUCAGACAGAGCAAAAGUUCUUGUGUGACUCACAGUGUGUGACUUCACCUCAUUGAUGCAGCCACCGACCUGCAGGAUUAGACUGAAGCCACAGAGCAGAGCACUGACUGUAUAGAGAUGAACCACAAAUCCCUACUGACGAACACAGACCAGUGUGACGGCAGCGCAGCGUCUCAGAGGAGCGGUGGCUGUAAUGGGAUGACGGCUGCUACUGACACUUUAUGUAAUGUCAGAACGUGCAGUUUACUUACAGCUAAAAAGUCAGCGGAAAAAAUUACAGUCAGUCAAGUUACACCAUCAAACCUCUCAGCCUCUGUGUCGUCAACAAGAAACGUGUGCCUUCAUAAUCUGCAAUAAAAAAAGAGACAUCCUCCUGACUACUGUGCUUCUGCCGUCCUCCAUAUAAACAUAUACAUUUACAAAUGCUUUAGCUGUUAUUAAGGCCUCUGUUUGAUUACAGUAGAAUGGUUGGCUGUGUUAUUAUGAA